AUGUUUAGUAAAAAAAGAUCAAUUCCUUCAUUAGUUGCAGGUUUAACAUUUGCCACUGCAUUCGGUACAGCAGGAUAUUUAUUGAAAAAUAAUGCUGAUUAUGGUUUAGAAUUAGCUUUAGGUUCUUCAUCAUUAUUAUUAGCUGCUGGUAUUGCAAGAGGUAUUCCAGUUAAAUUUAGUAAACCUGUUCCAAUUGUUUUAACAGUUUUAGGUUUAUUAGCUCUUGAAGAGUUUGGAGUUGUAGUAGCACUAGUUGGUGAAACAUUUGGAAUAACAAAUGGUUUUGAGAUAUCUGAUGAUAAGACUAAGAAUUGUUGA